UAUUCCGUGCCAUGGAGAGGGGUCAGCAAGCGUGGCUGUGUGUGUGUGUUUCACUCUGCAGACACUUCAUUCAGCAUAUGGGACGCUUGCAUUUACACAUGUGACUGUUUUUAUCUAAGGGUCUUUAUCAAAAAUUUGCCCAGUUGGCUGUGAAUGAAUGUGAGCAUAUGACACGGGGAGGGCUGUUUGCCUAUCAAUGAGAAGCCCUGUUUGCAUUAGCGACUUAUCAGUGUGCCUGUGUGCAACCAUGAAUGAGAUUUUUUGCUCAUGUAAAUAGUAUCCCAAUGUAUACCUGCAUAGUCCAUGCUUAAGUGCGUCAUAAUCUCUGAAUAAUUCUGGACAUGUCAGCACCUGUGAGUGUCAGUGUGGAGUGCUUGAGUACAUGGCACCUGAGUCACUAUGCAGGAUAGAUGACAUGUAUUAAUGUGCACAUUUGGAUAGUAAAUUAAUUAUUUAUUGGUGCGCAAAAAGUAUAUGUGCUUGCUUGUGUGAUAGCAUUUUCAGCUGUUCGUAUGAGCAUGUACUAGCAGCAGUUGUGCAAGAAGUUUGUGCAUACACCAGAGUCACGUAGUGUGUAAGUGUGUGAAUGUGCAAGGGCAAUAGGACCCAGCUGCGUGAAGUUUUUCUGUGUGUUGCCAUCUCCUCCUUCGAUGGAAAAAUCCAAAGCAGACCUAGAAUUGGGAGCAACAAACCAGGAUGACUCCAAUGUGGACUUGCUUCUGGAAGAACCCUCUUCCCGGCCUGCCUGGGGAUCAAAGGCCCAAUAUAUCCUAGCCCAAGUUGGUUUUUCUGUUGGACUUGGCAAUGUGUGGCGGUUCCCCUACCUCUGCCACCAAAAUGGAGGAGGAGCUUUCCUGCUGUUGUAUUUCCUGCUCCUCUUCAUCAUUGGGAUCCCCCUUUUCUUCCUGGAACUAGCAGCCGGACAGAUAAUCCGCCAGGGCAGCAUUGGGGUCUGGAAGCACAUCAACCCCCGCCUAGCAGGCAUCGGCUUUGCAAGCUGCGUGGUUUGUUCCUUUGUUGCACUGUAUUAUAAUGUCAUCAUUGCAUGGAGUAUUUACUACCUGGGCAAUUCCUUUCAGCUUCCCUUGCCUUGGGAAAGUUGCCCAGAAGCAUCCAACCAAACAGAAAUGGAGUGUUCCCAGAGUUCUCCCACCACCUUCUUCUGGUAUCGUAAUGCCUUGAAUGUGACCAGCUCCAUCGGGGAGAGUGGAGGCCUCGAUCCAGCUCUUACCGGCUGCCUCUUUGCUGCUUGGGUCCUGGUGUGCCUUGCCAUGAUCAAAGGCAUCAAAUCAUCGGGCAAGGUUCUGUACUUCAGUUCGUUGUUCCCCUACGUGGUUCUCUUGUGCUUCCUUGUGCGCGCGUUGCUGCUAGAAGGAGCAAUGGACGGAAUCAGGAUCAUGUUCACACCCAAGCUGUCCAUCUUGGGCGACAUGCAAGUCUGGCGACAAGCAGCCACCCAGGUGUUCUUCGCGCUGGGCCUGGGCUUUGGCACCAUCAUAGCCUACUCCAGCUACAACCCGCAACACAACAACUGUCACAUUGACGGGCUGGUGGUAUCCAUGAUCAACUUCUUCACCUCAGUGCUGGCCACACUGGUUGUGUUUGCUGUGCUGGGCUUCCGUGCCAACGUCUUUGCACAAACUUGCGUCAAAAGCAACUUAGAACGCCUGUAUCAUCUGCAGUCCACUGACCUCCUCCCCCCUGAGCUGUUCCCUGUCAGUAAUGUCUCAGUCGCCCAGUACAGCACCUGGUAUCAGGGGCUCCUGAAUGAAACAAAGGCACAGUUGCAGAACUUGAAGAUCGAGGACUGUCGUGUCGAGGACGAGAUGAACAAGGGCGUGGAAGGCACAGGCCUGGCAUUCAUCGCUUUCACCGAGGCCAUGACCCUGUUUCCCACAGCCCCAUUCUGGUCCGUGUUGUUCUUCUUCAUGCUGCUCAACUUGGGCCUGAGCACCAUGCUCGGAAACAUGCAAGGGAUCAUAACCCCUUUGUUGGACAACUUCCACAGCCUCCACCGGCGGCGCACCCUCUUCACAGUGUUGUGUUGUGUAGUUGGAUUCCUGCUGGGCCUGCUUUUCGUUCAGCGCUCUGGCAGCUACUUCGUAGCCAUGUUUGAUGACUACUCAGCCACCUUGCCCCUCCUGAUUGUCGUGGCUUGUGAAGCUUUUGCCGUGGCCUGGAUCUAUGGGGCCGACAGGUUCUUAAACGACAUAGAAGAUAUGCUGGGCUGGCGGCCUUGGCGUGUCUACAGCUACAUGUGGCGCUACGUUAGCCUGGCGUCGAUUGUGUGCCUGCUGCUAGCAAGCCUGGUGCGCAUGUGUUUGAGUCGCCCAACCUACCAGGCCUGGAACAAGGAAGAGGCAGCUAAGCAGCAACUGGAAUACCCAACCUGGGCUCUGGGCCUUCUUAUAAGCCUCAUUGUCUUGGCUGCCCUUCCCAUCCCGAUCAUGUUUGUCCAGCAGCUGUUGAUAGAGUGGUUGGCUCUGCGAGACAGCCGGUCUGCUCCAGCAAUAUCAUCUGUGCCUGGUGAGGAAGAAGAUGAGGAGGAGUUGGAAAAAGAGAGCCCAGCUGAUCCUGAUCACCAAACCAACGGGUAUCUGCCUGUUCGGACAGAAGAUGCACAGGACUUCUAGCUGGGAUGGAUCCUGUGCAGAAUGUGACCCAUCUGAGCUCCACAACUUCACCUUGGAUAGAUCCACCACUGUAUUUUCUCCCCCAGCCUCAGGCUUAAUGAUAUCAGGGGUGGUGUUUGUUUAAACCCUCCUGAUAGUGUUCGUACAGUGGAUGGAUGCUGAAGAAGGGAUAAGCCAAGGAAACAAGAAACCAAAGUGGUGGGUGCCUUCUCCACAACUGAUCUCUCUAGACCUACUGAAGACCAACUAUAGCCUGGGACACGAAGACCCCAAAGGCCACAAAAGAGGCCUCGAGGGACCUCACAGUAAUUAAAAGUGAUAUAUGGGUGAACUGUGAUGAAUCGGCUUGCACCGCAUACUGCAGCAGUGUUAGCUUCUCAGAAGAUCCCUCUGCAGUGUUUUAGUGCUUCCAUUAAAACUGAGGAGCAAGAUUUUGAGAACUAACCUUGAAAGGUUAAAAGGCUGCCCUCAGACGUUCAACGUGAGAAUCUUUUGGAUCCAAGGAAAAGAUGAUCCAAGACUCAGUGAGGGUUUAUCUCUUUUUGUUCAAGUAUCUGUUAACAAUUACCACCCACUCCUCUCUACUUUCACUGCACCCUUUGUUGUUCCCAUAAUCUGUAUUAAAAGGUAAACUCUU